CCGGAAGUUGCGCCCUCACUACUCGCCGUUUCAAAAUGCUGCUGAGGCCUUAGGGCCUGUGACUGACGCCCCCUCCCCCCCGGGCUCUGCGGGGGAGCGACUCAUGGAGCGGCCGUAAGAUUUAUCAGCAGACUUCACUUCACCACUGCCAAAAUGACAACAUUUUCCACCUCUGCCCAUUGUUCAACAUCUGACAGUGCUUGCAGGAUGUCUCCAGAACAGACCAAUCAGGUACGACCAAAACUGCCACUUCUGAAGAUUUUGCAGGCAGCAGGUGCACAAGGUGAAAUGUUCACUGUUAAAGAGGUCAUGCACUAUCUAGGCCAGUAUAUAAUGGUGAAGCAGCUUUAUGAUCAGCAGGAGCAGCAUAUGGUAUAUUGUGGUGGAGAUCUUCUGGGAGAGCUACUAGGUCGUCAGAGCUUCUCUGUGAAAGAUCCAAGCCCUCUCUAUGAUAUGCUAAGAAAGAAUCUUGUCACUUUAUCUACUGCUACUACAGAUGCUGCUCAGACUCUCGCUCUCGCACAGGAUCACAGUAUGGAUAUUCCAAGUCAAGACCAACUGAAGCAAAGUGUAGAGGAAAAUUCCAAUUCCAGGAAAAUAACUGAAGAAGGCAAUAUUCCCUCACUGCCUACCUCACAGCGUAAAUGCAGAAAUUCUAGAGAAGAUGAAGACUUGGUAGCAAAUUUAACCCAAGAUGAGACGUCAAGACUGGACCUCGGGUUUGAGGAGUGGGAUGUAGCUGGCUUGCCUUGGUGGUUUUUAGGAAACUUGAGAAAUAACUAUACACCUAGAAGUAAUGGCUCAACUGAUUUACAGACAAAUCAGGAUAUAGGUACUGCCAUUGUUUCAGACACCACAGAUGACCUGUGGUUUUUGAAUGAGUCAGUAUCAGAGCAGUUUGGUGUUGGAAUAAAAGUUGAAGCUACUGAUCCUGAACAAACAAGUGAAGAAGUAGGGAAGGUGAGAGACAAAAAGGUGAUUGAAGUGGGAAAAAAUGAUGACCUUGAGGACUCUAAGUCCAUAAGUGAUGAUACUGAUAUAGAAGUUACCUCUGAGGAUGAGUGGCAGUGUACUGAGUGCAAGAAAUUUAACUCUCCAAGCAAGAGGUACUGUUUUCGUUGCUGGGCCUUGAGGAAGGAUUGGUAUUCAGAUUGUUCUAAGUUAACCCAUUCUCUCUCCACGUCUGAUAUCACUGCCAUACCUGAAAAGCAAGAAAAUGAAGGAAUUGAUGUUCCUGACUGCAGAAGAACCAUAUCAGCUCCAGUUGUUAGACCUAAAGAUAUAUAUGUAAAGGAAGAAAACUCCAAACUUUUUGGUCCCUGCAACUCAGUGGAAUUCUUGGAUUUGGCUCACAGUUCUGAAAGCCAAGAGACCAUAUCAAGCAUGGGAGAACAAUCAGAUAACCUUUAUGAACAGAGAACAGGUACAGAAAACAUGGAGGAUUGCCAGAAUCUCUUGAAGCCAUGUAGUCUAUGUGAGAAAAGACCACGAGACGGGAACAUAAUUCAUGGGAGGACAGGCCAUCUUGUCACUUGUUUUCAUUGUGCCAGAAGAUUAAAGAAGGCUGGGGCUUCAUGUCCUAUUUGCAAGAAGGAGAUUCAGUUGGUUAUUAAGGUUUUUAUAGCAUAG